AUGACAAAGAAGACGGGCCCCACUGCCUGGGACGACGACUGGGAGUCCCAGGCCGACAAGGAGGAUAAGGAGACGGGUGGUGCACCGCUCACGGCGGAGCCCGUGGUGCUGUCGCGUGCCGAGCGGCUGGCCAAGCACAAGGAAGAGCAGAGACGACUCUGGAAGUCUGCAGAUGAGCCAGAGGACUUUCCGUUUCUGGCCGUGUCCAGCUCGAUUCCUGUCGGCGCCAUAGGGAUCAAGCCAGCCAUGAAGGUGCUGAGCCGCAAGCCGGCGCCUCAGAUGAUCAAGCGGCGUGAUCCGGUCACGGGCCUCGAGCAGCUGACGAUACGUGACGAUGCUGCGGAGGCGGCAGCGGAGGCCGAAGCAGAGGCAGCACGGAACCAGCUGACACCGGAGCAGAUGCGGCAGAGGCAGCAGCGGGAGCGGGAGGAGAAGCAGCGCAAGUACGAUCAGGCACGGGCCAAGAUCUUUGGCGAGCCGCUGCCCAGAGGAGGAGCAGGAGCACCGGCAGCAACAGCAGCAGGAGCUUCGACGGCGACAAUACCGGCAACAGCAGCCGCAACAGCGGCAGCAGCAGGGUCAUCAUCCGUAGCAUCGUCUCGACAGGUGUCGCCUAUUUCUCCGGCUGGCGGCUACGGGAACAACGGCAACCGAGGAAGAGGCAGGGGACGCGGUAAUAACGGCGGUGGUGGCGGUGGAUACGGGCGGCGAGCCCAGCAGGCCGGACACGCAGGCAGUGGGACGGCAUCUCGAGAGCUCUUCGACCCAAGUUACCUGCCGCGGACGACGGGCCCGCAUCAGAGACGGGGAGGCGGAGGUCCGGGAAACGGCGGCAGUGGCAGCGGCAGCGACAUGGGCUGGUCUCCCUCACCAAGCCGGUCAGGCACGCCGCGCGACGACGACUAUGUCAUCCGGGCACCUCGAGGACCAGACGGCAGCGGCCGUGGGGGCUUUGGGUUUGCCAGACGCGGCAGUUGA